AUGUCAUUCUUCCGUAAAAUUUUCAGAUUCAAGGCAACUUCGGAGAUCCCUGAGCUGACUGAGUUCCUUUCAAAGAACGAGACAUUUAAAAAGACAGCGAAGAAGAUACAUACUAAGAAAGUAGGGUUUUGGAAUUCGCUUGACUCUUACCUAGAAAAAGAACUCUUAGACGGGAAAAAUGUGCCCAAAGGCCCUCCCAAGAGAAUAGACAGCAUUAAUUCUAACAAUAGUAGCAUAGGCAAGAAAUGA